UCACAACUUUAUUCUAUUAGUGAAAAUGAACAAAAGGCAGAUUUCACUGCUUUGUCGACCUCAUUAGAGCACAGAUCUAAAACUACAACAUGGACACUGACAGACUCUUUCAUUUCUGUUUGUUGUUUAACAAAUUUAAAAUCUCUGUUGAAGGCGUUUCCUCCUCCGUUGCCCUGACAACAGUGACGUCACGGCCCUACCUGUUCACUAAGUUAGUUUCACUUUUACCAUCCUCGUGUCGCAGCUUGUUUUCUCCGUGUGAAGGUGAAGGUAAACGGUGUGUGUGAGCUGGUGUGAGUUCAGCAGCAUGGAUCAGUGUGAGGAUCCUCACAGCUCUCUGUGGGGGGAACAGAAGAACCAGAACAAAGCUGAGAGGAAAGAACCUGGAUCUGAACCAGAACCUGGACCAGAACCUGAACCUGGACCAGAACCUGAACCGGCACCCAGCUGUGUGUCCAUUAAGAGCGACCGGUCGAAGGAUCUUGAGUUUGAGUUUAAAUCGAAUCGUUCAAAAAAACGGAUCCAUCAGAACCCAGAACAACCAGAACCAGGACCAGAACCAGGACCAGAACCCAGCUGUGUGUCUAUGAAGAGUGACGACUCAAAGGGUCACUUGAUUAACUUUAAAAGACGACAACCCUCUGCUAGACAGAAGAUCCAUCAGAACCCAGAACCAGGACCAGAACCCAGCAGUGUGUCUAUGAAGAGUGAUAGAUCAAAGAUUGGCCUUAUUGGCUUCGUAAGACAGAAACUCUCUCCUGUAAAGAAAGUGGAGCAGCAGAACUCAGAGGUUCCCAGAAUUCAGUCUGUCCAGCAGCAUCACCUGGACUCCAUAUUCAUGCUGCUGGAGGACAACAUGGUGACUUUUAUGAAGAAGGAGCUGAAGAAGAUGCAGAAGGUUGUGAGUCCAGAUUACCCAGAAUGCUCAGAGAGUCAGAGGGAGGAUGAGGAGGAGUUGAAGGGUGAUGAUGAAGAUCAGAGGAGCAGCAGAGCGAUGUUUCAGCAGAUCACAGUGUUGUUCCUGAGGAGGAUGAAGCAGGAGAAGCUGGCUGACUGUCUGCAGAGCAAACUUGCUGCUCCAGUUUGUAGACGUAAACUUAAAUGUGGCCUGAAGAAGAAGUUCCAGAGAGUGUUUGAGGGCAUCGCUAAAGCAGGACAGUCGACCCUCCUGAAUGAGAUCUACACAGAGCUGUACAUCACAGAGGGAGGGACUGCAGAGGUCAAUGAUGAACAUGAGGUCAGACAGAUUGAAGCAGCAUCCAGGAAAGCAGACAGAGCAGAAACAAGCAUCAGACCAGAAGACAUCUUUAAAGGCUCACAUGGAAGAGAUGGAUCAAUCAGAACAGUGAUGACACAGGGAGUGGCUGGCAUCGGGAAAACAGUGUUAACACAGAAGUUGACUCUGGACUGGGCUGAAGACAAAAGUAACCAGGACAUCCACUUCAUGUUUCCAUUGACUUUCAGAGAGCUGAAUGUGCUGAAAGAGAGAAAGUUCAGUUUGGUGGAACUUGUUCAUCACUUCUUCAGUGAAACCAAAGCAGCAGGAAUGUGCAAGUUUGAAGACUUCCAGGUUGUGUUGAUCUUUGACGGUCUGGAUGAGUGUCGCCUUCCUCUGGACUUCCACAACAAUGAGGUCCUGACUGAUGUUACAGAGUCCACCUCAGUGGAUGUGCUGCUGACAAACCUGAUCAAGGGGAAUCUGCUUCCUUCUGCUCGCCUCUGGAUAACCACACGACCUGCAGCAGCCAAUCAGAUCCCUCCUGACUGUGUGGACAUGGUGACGGAGGUCAGAGGGUUCACCGACCCACAGAAGGAGGAGUACUUCAGGAAGAGAUCCAGAGAUGAGGAGCAGGCCAGCAGCAUCAUCUCCCACAUGAAGACAUCACGAAGCCUCCACAUCAUGUGCCACAUCCCAGUGUUCUGCUGGAUCACUGCUACAGUUCUGGAGGAGCUGCUGAGAACCAGAGAGGGAGGAGAUCUGCCCAGAACCCUGACUGAGAUGUUCAUCCACCACCUGGUGGUUCAGGCCAAAGUCAAGAAGGUCAAGUAUGAUGGAGGAGCUGAGACAGAUCCACACUGGAGUCCAGACAGCAGGAGGAUGAUUGAGUCUCUGGGAAAACUGGCUUUUAAUCAGCUGCAGAAAGGAAACCUGAUCUUCUAUGAGUCCGACCUGACAGAGUGUGGCAUCGAUGUGGAAGCAGCCUCAAAGUACUCAGGAGUGUUCACACAGAUCUUUAAAGAGGAGAGAGGACUGUACCAGGACAAGGUGUUCUGCUUCGUCCAUCUGAGUGUUCAGGAGUUUCUGGCUGCAGUCUACAUGUUCCACUGUUACACCAACAGGAAGCAGGAGGUUCUGGAGGACUUCCUGGGAAAAGACUGGAAAGAUGAGAACAGAGACACUCUGGAUGUGUUCCUGAAGAGAGUCAUGGAGAAAUCCCUGAGAAGUAAAAAUGGUCACCUGGACCUGUUUGUUCGCUUCCUUCAUGGCCUCUGUCUGGAGUCCAAUCAGAGACUCUUAGGAGGUCUGCUGGGUCGGACAGAGAACCGUCCAGGAAUGAUCCAGAGAGUCAUCAACAACCUGAAGGAGAUGAAGAGUGAUGAAAUGUCUCCAGACAGAAGCAUCAACAUCUUCCACUGUCUGAUGGAGAUGAAGGAUCUCUCAGUACAUCAGGAGAUCCAAGAGUUCCUGCAGUCAGAGAACAGAUCAGAGAAGUUCCUCUCUGAGAUCCACUGCUCAGCUCUGGCCUACAUGCUGCAGAUGUCAGAGGAGGUUCUGGAUGAGUUGGACCUGAAGAAGUACAGAACAUCAGAGGAGGGAAAACUGAGACUGAUUCCAGCUGUAAGGAACUGCAGAAAGUUCAGACUUUCUGACUGUAGACUCUCAGAGAGUCACUGUGAAGUUGUGGCCUCAGCUCUGAAGUCCAACCCCUCCCAUCUGAUAGAUCUGAACCUGAGCUGGAACAACCUGCAGGAUUCAGGAGUGAAGCAUCUUUCUGCUGGACUGCAGAGUCCAAACUGUACACUGGAGACUCUCAGAUUGAAGGACUGCAGGUUGUCAGAGAUCAGCUGUGAUUCUCUGGUCUCAGCUCUGAAGUCCAACCCCUCCCAUCUGGAACUUCUGGACCUGAGCAGGAACAUCCUGCAGGAUUCAGCAGUGAAACAUCUGUGUGGUUUUCUGGAGAAUCCAGACUGCAUCCUGAAGGAUCUGAGAUUGAGGUGCUGCAGUUUGUCAGAGAUCAGCUGUGAUUCUCUGGUCUCAGCUCUGAAGUCCAACCCCUCCCAUCUGGAACAUCUGGACCUGAGCUGGAACAACCUGCAGGAUUCAGGAGUGAAACAUCUGUGUGGUUUUCUGGAGAGUCCAGACUGCAUCCUGAAGGAUCUGAGAUUGAAGGACUGCAGGUUGUCAGAGAUCAGCUGUGAUUCUCUGGUCUCAGCUCUGAAGUCCAACCCCUCCCAUCUGGAACUUCUGGACCUGAGCAGGAACAUCCUGCAGGAUUCAGGAGUGAAACAUCUGUGUGGUUUUCUGGAGAAUCCAGACUGCAUCCUGAAGGAUCUGAGAUUGAGGUGCUGCAGUUUGUCAGAGAUCAGCUGUGAUUCUCUGGUCUCAGCUCUGAAGUCCAACCCCUCCCAUCUGGAACAUCUGGACCUGAGCAGGAACAUCCUGCAGGAUUCAGGAGUGAAACAUCUGAGUGGUUUUCUGGAGAGUCCAGACUGCAUCCUGAAGGAUCUGAGAUUGGAGGACUGCAGGUUGUCAGAGAUCAGCUGUGAUUCUCUGGUCUCAGCUCUGAAGUCCAACCCCUCCCAUCUGGAACAUCUGGACCUGAGCAGGAACAUCCUGCAGGAUUCAGGAGUGAAACAUCUGUGUGGUUUUCUGGAGAGUCCAGACUGCAUCCUGAAGACUCUGAGAUUGGAGAACUGCAGGUUGUCAGAGAUCAGCUGUGAUUCUCUGGUCUCAGCUCUGAAGUCCAACCCCUCCCAUCUGAAACAUCUGGACCUGAGAGGAAACAUCUUGCAGUAUUCAUCAGUGAAACAUCUGAGUGGUUUUCUGGAGAGUCCAGACUGCAUCCUGAAGACUCUGAGAUGGAGGUUCUGAUCAGGACGGUGUUUGUGCUGAGAGGAUGAAGUGUGUCCUGAUGAUCCAGAGGUUGCAGCAGCAGCAGCAGCAGCAGCAGCAGCAGCAGCAGCAGCAGCAGCAGCAGCAGCAGCAGCAGCAGCAGCAGCAGCAGCAG